CGGACUCCAGCUGAGUUCUUGCGGCUUAGCAGCAACCGCCACACUGACGGACCUGUCAGCACACCUGCAGGCAGCCCAGUUUCCUUCCUUUCCUCCCACGACACGGCUACUGCUCUCCAUUCUCUCUCCCUCUCUUUUCCCUUCCACUCUCCUCCCGCGUCAGCCUCGUCUUACCUGCGUCCGCUAACCGGGCCUGAUUCUUUUCUUUCUUCUUUUCUUUGCGAAUCGCAUCGUCCGCGUCCUUCUGGGGUCGUCGUCCCGUCCCCCGCGCCUCUCUGACCCCUUUCUCUGGCUUCUUCCGUCAUCGAUCCUGUCGACCAAAAAUCCCGUCCGUCCCGCGAAUCUCGCAUUGCUGACCACCGCAACCGGAAUAAGAAAAAAAACAAAAACGCCUUCCACACCUUUUCCUUCGUGGCUGGUUUCGCCUUAUUUUAGCCUUCAACCGCAAUCAUGAAUAAAAUGCUCAACCAAAACUACAAGUACCAAAGCUUAGACGAGAAUAACCAGGGAGGCGGUUACGCUGAAUAUAACCCUUACGGGAACGCCGGUCCUUAUGCCAACCAGCAGACCGCUUACACUGGCGCCAAUGCCAUGGAGCAAGGCGCCGGCGGCUAUGAAAUGGGAUCUGUAAAUCAACCCGCCGGCGGGCAAGCCAGCAUCUUGGACCAGUGCAAAAACAUCAGCGACGCUAUUCAGGAACUUCGAUCGAAGAGGGAGGGCCAGCUAUCCGCCGCGCAGAAUGCCCUGAUCGACUCAAGCACAGACAAGGAGGACCAGGCUACGCGCCAGACUCUCGACUACAUUGAGGAUGACAUCAACACCGGUUUCCGCGGCCUCCGUGAUGACAUCGAGCGACUCAAGAAGACACCCGGUUCCGGUGAUCCGCGCGUCCAGCCCCAGAUCGACAAGGCCAUUAGGGACCUGCGCAACGAAAUCGACCAGUACAAGAAGGCUCAGGCCAACUUCCAGAAUCGCUUGAAGGAACAAGUCCGUCGGCGAUAUGAGAUUGCCAACCCGGAUGCGACGCCAGAGGAAUUGGACCAGGGUGUCAACCAGGUCCUUAUGGGUCAGGUCCAGACCUUCCAGGUCACCGGUACCCGCACCAAGCAGGCCAAUGAUGCCAGACAGGCGGCUUUGGAGCGUUCCACGGCCAUUCGCAAGAUCGAGAGGGAUAUGCUCGAACUCAGCCAAUUGUCUGAGGAAAUCGCCAGACUUGUUGAGCAGCAGGAAGUCCCUGUUGAGCGAAUCGCCGAAGAUGCCGAGCAGACGAAGACUCACAUCCAAGAGGCGAACACUCACAUUUCUCGCGCUAUCGUUAGCGCACGAAAAGCCAGGAAAUGGAAGUGGAUUGCAUUGAUCAUUGUUUUGAUCAUCAUCGGUGUCGCUGUCGGUGUUGGUGUCGGUGUUGGAAAGAACUCCUCCUAAUGAUAAUAUGGAACUGCUCCAAUUGGCCGAUUUUAACCAUCACACCUCUGCGUUUUUUUUCGUUUACCUAUCCGCAUAUUUGACGUUUCGAUAUUCCCUAGUCUCGCGUGUUUCAAUUUGCUUUUCUUAGUGGAACGAUGCCGAUUUUUCUUUUUCGACCGGUGAAAAUCUCAAUCCCCAACUUUGCGACUACUCCAGCUGACAGGCAGAGUCGCUUGACCUACAUUCAUUCAUUGUAUGUGUAAUUUUCUUUGUUGAUUUCCUUGUCUUCAUACCUGGCAGUGUGCGCUAUUUCGUGGAUUGUUUUGAAAAGUAACACUCCCCGCCUAGCAUGUGGAUUGUUCUUUGUUGUUUUCUGUCUUUGCUCUCUUUUUCCCUUUCCUUUUUUUUUCAACUUUGAAUUUCUUGAUGUGUACAAUUCCGCUAUUCCGAUUUCUUUCUGCUUCUCGGUGCGACAUGAUGGAUAUCCGCGUCGCCAAUCUGGGGCUUGGGUACGUAUGAUGCUGUCGCAGGUGAACAUAUUAGACCGUGUUUAUUACUUUCGAGGAUCUUUUUUGGUGCUAGACGUGUUUAAUAAUCGACCAGCUUAAUCAGAUGUCAUGACAUUAGCCUAUA